AUGGAAAUAAGUUCCCAAUCUACUCUUCCUCCAGGGUUCCGAUUUCAUCCUACCGACGAAGAGCUCAUCGUUUACUAUCUUCGAAACCAAACCAUGUCCAAGCCGUGCCCUGUCUCCAUCAUUCCAGAAGUAGAUAUCUACAAAUUCGACCCUUGGCAAUUACCCGAGAAAACAGAGUUUGGAGAGAAUGAGUGGUAUUUCUUCAGCCCGAGAGACAGAAAAUACCCAAACGGAGUACGGCCAAACCGGGCAGCUGUUUCCGGUUAUUGGAAAGCAACCGGUACAGACAAAGCCAUUCACAGUGGCUCGAGUAACGUGGGUGUCAAGAAAGCUCUCGUCUUCUAA